GAAAAAUGGAUUGAACUAAUUGAUGGAAAGUGGAGUGAUGAAGAUUGGCUGGUAAUUAAUACUUCGAAAAUUUUAAUUACAAGUGAAAAAGUCUCAACAAGAAAUGCUAGAAACAGAAAUAAAGAGGGAAUGCUUGACAAACACAUUCAUAGAUGUGGAAACAAGUCACUUGCAAUUAGGGUGGAUGAGGCGAGACGGAAAAAUGGAAGUCAUAUUCUUAAGCUGGCACAAGUCUACUAUGAUACCCACUUCAAUUCAAAGACAAAACAGUGGGUACACCAUGAUUGUGAACAUACAUAUCAAGAGAUGUUGAGAGUACAAGAUGAGCAUUGUAACACUCCUGAAGCACAGCCUUUGACCGAAGAGGAGAUAUUUAUGAUGGUUCUUAAGCCGAGAUCCGGCUAUGUAAAGGGACUUGGCAUAAGGCCUUCCUCAUCUCUUAGGACUCCUGCCUCAUCUUCCUCAACUCAGUAUACUCAACAACUCGAGGGUCGAGUAGAAGAGCUCCAGGAUACAAACUACAAGCUAGAGGGCCGAGUAGAAGAGCUCCAAGAUGCAAACCUCAGGCCAGAGGAGAAGAUGGAUUGCAUCAUACAAUAUUUGAGGAGCAAGGGUGACAGUGACAUUUGUCAUAGUGGGGGGAGCUCAUCUACUUACUAGAACACACCUUGGUUAGUGUUUUAUUUUCCUGCUUAAGAGCAUUAGUAUUGGGACUUGUAUAUGGUAUAUGUUGCUAUAUUUUUGUAUAAAAACACAAAAACAAGCAUUACCUGGUCUUUCAAUUGUAAACAUUUUUACAAUUGUGCUAUAGUAACCUCUUAUAUGUAUGAGGGUACCGUAGCACAAUUGUGCUACAAUUGUGUUUUUUGUUUAAUGGUGGUGGUGGGUUUUUUGUU